CAGAAGAGAACUACACGCUCUCCGUCGCGCUUCCGCCCUUCUCUGCGCCGAUCUUUGCCGCCGUCUAAGCGUCUUGGUGCACGCGUGUAAACCUAGAAGAUAUACUUUCAGUCUAACUCAUCGCAGAAAGGAAGAUGUCUGUACGAGUUCUGAACCCUAAUGCCGAAGUGUUGAACAAAUCGGCUGCACUUCAUAUGAACAUCAAUGCCGCCAAGGGUUUACAAGAUGUUCUCAAGAGCAACCUCGGCCCUAAAGGCACCAUUAAGAUGCUUGUUGGUGGAGCUGGGGAUAUUAAAUUAACGAAGGAUGGCAACACUUUACUGAAAGAGAUGCAAAUUCAAAAUCCGACUGCAAUUAUGAUUGCAAGGACAGCUGUUGCACAAGAUGAUAUAAGUGGAGAUGGGACAACAUCUACGGUCAUCUUUAUUGGCGAGCUUAUGAAACAGUCUGACCGCUAUAUUGAUGAAGGGAUGCAUCCACGUGUUUUGGUUGAUGGUUUUGAAAUUGCCAAAAAGGCAACACUGCAAUUUCUGGAAAAUUUCAAAACUCCUGUGGUGAUGGGCGAAGAGCCUGACAAAGAAAUGCUGAAGAUGGUUGCAAGGACGACAUUAAGAACAAAGUUGUAUGAAGCAUUGGCAGAUCAGUUGACUGACAUAGUUGUAAAUGCGGUACUCUGCAUCCGCAAGCCAGAAGAACCAAUUGAUCUUUUUAUGGUCGAGAUUAUGCACAUGCGCCAGAAGUUUGAUGUAGACACUCGUCUGGUAGAGGGCCUUGUCCUUGACCAUGGGUCCAGGCAUCCAGAUAUGAAAAGGAGAGCAGAAAAUUGCUACAUUUUGACAUGCAAUGUAUCAUUGGAGUAUGAGAAAAGUGAAAUUAAUGCUGGAUUCUUUUAUUCGAACGCCGAACAAAGAGAAGCAAUGGUAGUUGCAGAGAGGCGUUCAGUUGAUGAGAGAGUGCGAAAAAUAAUCGAGCUAAAAAAUAAGGUGUGCAAUGGAACUGAUAAUAACUUUGUUGUUAUUAAUCAGAAAGGAAUUGAUCCUCCAUCAUUGGAUCUUCUUGCUAGGGCAGGGAUAGUUGCUCUUCGAAGAGCCAAGAGGAGAAAUAUGGAGCGCUUGGUUUUGGCAUGUGGUGGGGAGGCUGUCAACUCUGUGGAUGACUUAACUCCUGAUUGCCUUGGAUGGGCUGGACUGGUCUAUGAGCAUGUCCUUGGAGAAGAGAAAUAUACCUUUGUUGAAGAAGUAAAGCAUCCUCACUCGUGUACAAUUUUAAUUAAAGGACCUAAUGAUCACACGAUUGCCCAAAUCAAGGAUGCCGUUAGAGAUGGCUUGCGAUCUGUCAAAAAUACUAUUGAAGAUGAAGCAGUUGUAUUAGGUGCUGGGGCUUUUGAAGUCGCUGCUCGACAGCACUUAAUUAACGAAGUGAAAAAAUCUGUUAAAGGGCGUGCUCAGCUCGGUAUUCAAGCUUUUGCCGAUGCUCUUCUUGUUGUGCCCAAAACACUUGCUGAAAACUCUGGACUCGACACUCAAGACGUCAUAAUUUCAUUGACUGGAGAGCAUGAUAAGGGUAACAUUGUGGGGAUAAAUCAGCACACAGGGGAGCCAAUUGAUCCUCAGAUGGAGGGUAUUUUUGACAACUAUGCUGUGAAGCGCCAAAUCAUAAACUCUGGGCCGGUAAUUGCAUCGCAGCUGCUACUUGUGGAUGAAGUGAUUCGUGCAGGUCGUAACAUGAGAAAGCCGACUUAAGGUUUUUGUUAAUGUUGUUCAGCUUACACUUGCAGUAGGUAAAAGGGUGGUUUUUGUUUGGAGAUGUGUAAAGUAAGCCUUUUGCAUUAGAUUCAAUUAAAAGGAUCUUUCUUGGUUUGUAACAUUUAGACUUUAUGAGGUGUUUACCAUUUGAACUAUAUUAGAAUCAUGUCACACUUUGAGUUGCUAAAAGUUUUGAGUAUUAAUGGCUGGUUUUAUUU